AGUAGAUCAGUUACUGAUGAUACUCCAUCAGUUCAAGAUACUACUUAUUUCAAUAUAGUUAACACUUAGAAGUGAUGAGGACUCCAAGUGGUCAGAUGAGCACAGGUUUAAAAAAAGGUUCAUGGAGCCUUGAAGAAGACCAGAAGUUGGUUUCUUAUAUCAAUAGAUAUGGCAUCUGGAACUGGUCUCAUAUGCCUAGAUUUGCUGGCUUGUCGAGAAGUGGGAAGAGUUGUAGACUUCGGUGGAUGAAUUAUCUUAAGCCUAACGUAAAGAGAGGGAACUUCUCCAAGGAAGAAGAAGAAAUCAUACUGCAUUCUCAUUCACUUCUCGGCAAUAGAUGGUCUGCAAUUGCAGCAAGACUUCCUGGUCGAACUGAUAACGAAAUCAAGAACUACUGGCAUACUCAUCUCAAGAAACGUGGGACAGACAACCUACUGCAUCAAACAACCAACCCAAACGAUUCGGACAUAUCAUCUACGUUUGAAUCCAGUGAUAUUAAGAACAUACAAUGUGAGCAGGUUAAUCAUGUAAAAGAUAUUAUUGAGACCCAAUCCUCAAUGACUUUUGAAGAUGAUGCCUCUUCUUCAUCUACUACUACCACUUCUUCCAUAGAGGAAGAAGGUGACAUUAAAGAUAAUCACUAUGAUAUAGGAUCCCCAGGAACUGUUGAAGAUCUUCAAUGGUUUUGGAACCAACUUUGCCCAAUUGAGAACUUGGAGCAUGGAAACAAUUAUCAAGACCCGUUUUCUGAUUCGGUUUUUCAAGAUUCGUUCCAUGAUUCAAUCAGUCUCUACUGCUUAUACAACCAUGAGUUUGGCAUUUAGAUAACUUUUAGGAAUGGCAUCCGAUCUCACCUUAGGUGUUACGAGCUUGCUCAAGUUUUUCCUUUUGGAAGAGUGCAUUGUACAUGAAAACAAUCGUGUACAAAAUUUUUGAGGUCUGAGAUGCUCAAGUUUUUCCUUUUGGAAGAGUGCAUUGUAGGAAACUAAACUAUCAAACUCUCUAACCUAUUAUAAAUUCCGAACAGGUCUGCUAGCGGGGUGUGUUUGUUAUUGAAUAUUUCUGCUUAAUUUCUCUUCAACCUUUUUA